GGGUAAAUGGGCCCAUUUCCUGAAGUGACAGGCGGUCACGUUAAAAAACGAAAGUCGAAGAGGGAAACAAGUGCACAUGGUGUCUGAGACAGACGGUAGGACAGCACAGAAACACGGCAGCAUGAGCCAGUGGAAGCAGAUUCAGCAUCUGGAGAUCAGACUCCUGGAGCAUGUGGACUACCUGUAUGAUGAUAACUUUCCCAUGGACAUCCGUCAGGCUCUGGCCAGUUGGAUUGAGGCUCAGGACUGGGAAACAGCAGCGAAUGACGAGUCGAUGGCGACUGUGAUGUUCAGUAACUUACUGUCAGAGCUGGAGAGGGUGCGUUUACAGGAGCAGAACUUCCUCCAGAGACACAACAUGAAAAUCAUCCAGCAGCAGCUACAGGUGAAAUACACAAGUAACCCUGCCCUCAUGGCCAGAGUGAUCUCCACCUGUCUCAGGGAAGAGCGCCGUAUCCUUUCCAGCACCUGCACGCAGGAACAGGGUCCACUGGAGAAGUCACUGCAGAACUCUGUGGCCUUUGAAAGACAGAAGAACAUGGACAACAGAGUUGGGAUCAUCAGGGGGAGUGUACAGUUGAUGGACCAAGCUGUGAAAUACAUCGAGGACAUGCAAGAUGACUUUGAUUUUCGCUACAAGACCCUACAGUCUCGAGAUCAAGCUGAGAGGAACUCUGAACAGAUGAAACAGGAAGUAACACGACUGCAGGAAAUGCUCAACAGGCUUGACUUUAAAAGGAAGGAGAUUCUGUCCAAGAUGGAUGUUGUGAUCAAGGAGAUUGAUGACCUGAUGACAUCUCAGCUGAACCCUGAACUACUGAACUGGAAGCGUCGGCAGCAGAUCGCUGCCAUUGGAGGUCCACUGCUCACUGGUCUGGACCAGCUACAGAGUUGGUUCACCCUGACGGUCCAGAGUCUGUUCCAGAUCAAGCGACAGCUGGACAAACUGGGUGAGCUGGUUCUGAAGGUCACCUAUGAGAGUGACCCAAUCCCCCUGCAGAAACCCCAGAUGGAGGAGCGGGUUAAAUACCUCAUCUAUCACCUCAUCAGGAGUUCAUUUGUGGUGGAGAAGCAGCCGUGCAUGCCCACACAUCCACAGAAACCCCUCAUCAUCAAGACCGGAGUACAAUUCACCACCAAAGUCAGACUCCUGGUUAAACUUCCAGAAGUGGAUUAUCAGCUGAAAGUUAAAACAACAUUUGACAAAGACCUCCCCCCCGGCAGAGUAAGUCGUCAGUUUUUCAUCCUCACAAACAACACUAAAGUUAUGGACAUAGAGGACUAUACCAACGGCUGCCUUUCAGUGGAGUUCAGACAUCUGCAGCUGAAGGAGAAGAAAUACAUCAACGGAGCAAAGGGAAAUGAGGGCCUGCUCUCUGUGACUGAAGAACUGCACUCUCUCAGUUUUGAAGCUUGCUUCACGGUUCAGGGCCUCACCAUUGAUCUGGAGACAUGUUCUUUACCGUUGGUCGUCAUUUCUAAUGUGAGCCAGCUGCCUGGAGGAUGGGCUUCUGUCAUGUGGUACAACCUUCUGACUGAUGAGCCCAGGAACUUGGCGUUCUUUGGAAAUCCACCUCGGGCUAACUGGAGCCAACUCUCUGAGGUCCUUAGCUGGCAGUUUUCUACCUUGGCUGGUCGUGGCCUCAAUAAGGAACAGCUCACAAUGUUGGGAGAAAAGCUUCUUGGUCCGCAUGCCUCUUGCAGUGACUACCAGGUGUCUUGGUCUAAGUUCUCCAAGGAGAACAUCCCAGGAAAGCCCUUUAGUUUCUGGAUGUGGUUGGAUUCCAUCCUGGAGCUCAUCAAGAAACACUUGCUGCCAGUAUGGAAUGAAAACUAUAUUAUGGGCUUCGUGAGCAAAGAGAUGGAGCGCACUCUGCUAAAGGACAGAGACCCGGGUACUUUCCUUUUACGCUUCAGUGAGAGCCACCUGGGAGGAAUCACUUUCACUUGGGUGGAGCACAGUGACAAUGGAGAUGUGAAGUUGAACUCUGUAGAGCCAUACACUAAGAACAGGCUUAGUGCUCUUCCAUUUGCCGACAUCAUACGAAACUACAAAGUUAUCUCAGAUGGGGUUGUGCCAGAGAACCCACUCAAGUUCCUCUAUCCUGACAUCCCCAAAGAUGAGGCCUUUGGACGACUUUACAACAGCCAGCGCAGCAAAGUUCAUCCAUACAUACCAUCUACCCUCAUCCCCAUCUCUGAAAUGCGCUCUAAUGUGAUCACUACACCACCUCCUUCUCAGUCUCCUGAGCCCCCGAUGACACCUGGAGAGUUUGAUAUGCUCAAUGAGCACCUGUGCACCUUUGACAUUGACACCAUGAGUUCUCCAUAUUCAGAGUAAAGCAACAUAGUCUGAAACCAGCCACCAAUCAGUGUCUACGUCCUCAUGAUCAAGAUACAAAGUCACCUCUGUUUAAGGAUUGGAUUCAUUUUAUAUAUGUGUGUGUGUGUGUGUGUGUGUGUGUGUGUGUGUGUGUGUGUGUGUGUCUGUGUGUAUGUGUGUCUGUGUUAUGAAUUGAGUCAACUAUACCUAUAUUGUACAUAAAAUAUUAAGAAUGUGAGUUCUGCAGCCCUUUUAACAUUGCCUUUGCUAUUUUGACAACAUGAAUGUCUGCUGAUGUGUGUGAUAAAUCUGUUUCACGUAUUCUAAGUUCUGUUCCACUUUCUGUUCAAUAGAUGUCUUUUAGUCUUUUAUUUUGAAAACAGAUCGGAAGUUGAAUACCUGCAGCUCACUGCUUAUUUCCUCCUUGACAAAUGGUCAUAACUUGCCGAGAAUCACGUGAUUCACAGAGAACGAGGCAGUUAAAUGCUUAUACCCUGAUGAUUCAUAACCUCUAUCAGCUGCAGUUUCUGGGAGUCACGUGAUCGUCAGAGUUUAGUGACUGUUUUUUUUUUUUUUUUUUGUCAUUACUUGUUCAAAUGGAAAUAAACCAAUCUGUAGAUGUCAAAAGUUAUUUGAUGAUACGGUUUAUAGGUGCAUAUUUGCAUAUAGAGGGCCAACAUUUAACAUGCACAAUUGAAAUGCAGCCACUGUUGAUAUGAACAGAAAUAUGAACCCAGAAAAAGUUAGAGGACUACUAGUUAUCAUUGCUCACAUCAUCUUCAUGACAGAACAGGGUUAUUGUCUUAAAUUAAUGACUUUAAAUAAAAUAGAAUGAAUGAAAAUAUGAUGCAGACUGAAGAAGACGUUUACAUCUUAUACUGUCUCUCAUGACUGUUUUAUUUUUUACUUCUGGUGCCUAAGAUGUUGGUUUUUUUCUUUUUUUUUUUCUUUUUUUUUUAAAUUUUGUACAUAACCAUGGCAGUUUCACAUUCCGUGUGUCAGUGUGGCAUCUGUUCUUAAGGGAACAGAAUAUCAAUAACAACUGACAAAUAUUAAAUUAAAAUACCAACCAGGAAAAGGAGUCUUGGAAUAACAAAAGGUUCAUAACAAUAAAAAAAAAAUGCAAACCAUUGCACAAGGGGAAAAUUUGUUCAUUUCGUAUAAUUUUGUAGCUUUGAGGUCUUCAAUUAAUUUCAGGGACUUGGAGUAUAGGUUGAAUUUGUUUAUAAAAACAAUAAACUUUGGGGAUGACUUCAUAAUUCUAUUUUUGUGAAUACAAAAUUUGGCAAGACACAAAAUCACAUUGCAGCAGAAUUGGUUGUUUUUGUUAUGGAGAAUCAUACUAAAUGUUAUAUCACUGGUUGAUAUUGAAUUUGGGAAUACUGGAAUCUGCUGUUUUAUCCAAUUGUUAAUGUCAAUGUUUUUUUUUCUUGAAGUGAAUUGUUUUUUUAAUUGAAUUUUUAUUUUUUUAUUUGAAAUUUUUUUUUUUUGGUUAAAGCAAUAAAGAAACAAAUCUACCUUCAUAA